AGGGUCGUGUUUCUUUCCGGUAUGUUUUAAACGGAGCAACAUAACAGUUACGCGUGUAUUUGGCGUGUAAGUCUUUAAAUAUUUUUCUUUCUGCUUGGAAAAAAAAGGUUCUGUGAAGGAAAAUAUUCGCGAUGGAGGAGCAACAUCGAGCAGCGCCUUCAAACUGGAUCACACAACAUCCUGUGUACCAAGACUUGCUGAACCUGGGUGUAGACGACAGUGUGCAGGUUUAUGGAGCAUUCCUGGUGUAUCUGGACCUGACAGAAGUUCGACGCUGGACAGCCGUCGUCCCGGUGCCGUGUCCCGAACUGCAGGCUGUUCUGCUGGAAGGGCGUGAAAGAGAAGGCGAGGAGCUUCAGGUGGUUUAUCCACUUCCUGCUCACAGAAGCGUCAGUCACGGAGAUUUGAGGUGCAUUGUGGGUCGUGGAAGUCCUAUGCUCCUGUGUGCUGUGGCGUCCGAUUCCACGCUGGUGUAUCAGCGCCUGAGCGACGGCCUCGUGACCCCCGAACCCCCUGUGGACAUCAAAGACCUGGGACGGAGACCGCAUCGAAAACGCAGACUCCAGACAUGACGCAGGAAAAUGCUGGAGGGUUUCAGACCCAAUACUGCUCCAGAGGUUCUGCACAGGGGGUCUGUAGGUGUGCUGUUUAAGGUCUUUAUUACAAAAACCCCAGGAAAAACAAACCAUAAAUUUAUUUGUGUUAGAAAGUUGUAAUAAAAUGUGAUUUUGCUGUAAUGUGAUUCUUCACAAUGCCGAAGGUUUUAGAUUCCAAAAAAGUUUUUUAUUUUAAGGAAGUUUUUUUUUUUCCUGAGCUCCAUUCGAGAGAUGAAGCUGUUUGUGGCCACUUUUGAGCCAAUAAAGGGGAAAAGUUAAAUAAUGUAAACAUAUAUAUAUAUAUAUAUAUAUUAUAUAUAUAUAAUAAAUUUUUUUUCAUUUUUUUUACAUUUGUGAAUUGUUAUAUCAAUAAUCGAUUUGCAGUUAGAAGUUAACUAACAACAUAAUUGUCACUUAAUGUCGAUGAUGAUUUUUUUUUUUUGUAAAGUUUUGGUCUGUAUAUGUUUUAAAUGUGAUUAAUUAUGAAGUGUGUUUUAUCACCCUGAAAGAAAAUAAUGUAUAAAGUAUUAAAUUAAUCAUUUAUAUGAUCGCAAACUCA